GUUUUUCAGACUCGCCAGAACUACAGUUUCCUAUUUUUAUAACAUUUUUAUCGGUGUAUCUCAUCAUAGUCUUCAGUAAUCUUAUCAUUUUUGUAACUAUAGUUUUGUUCUCUCCUUUACAUACACCCAUGUACAUCUUCUUGUGUAAUCUAUCAGUCAUUGAUAUCUUAUACACCUCGACCAUUCUACCAAAACUGUUGGCUAUGCUCCUCACUCAGUGUAAGACCAUAUCCUUUCUAGAAUGCUUUAUGCAGAUUUAUUUUUUCCUAUCUUUUGCUGGUGCAGAAGUCUUAUUAUUGGCUGCCAUGUCUUAUGAUCGCUAUGUAGCAAUCUGUCACUCUCUUCAUUACUUAAUUCUUAUGAGUCCAAAGCUCUGUGCUCGACUUGUAUUUGCAGUGUGGGUCUUGGGUUUAUUAGAUCCUGUAGCAUUUAUGGUUUUAAUUGCUAACUUUUCAUACUGUCAUUCUCACCACAUUGACCACUUUUUCUGUGAUAUAACUCCAUUGCUAAAACUUACCUGUAGUGAUACUUUUCCUGUUGAGUUAUGUAUAUAUAUUUAUGGGACUGUCCUGGGUGUCAGUGCAUUUACACUUACGUUGAUAUCUUAUGUGUUUAUUAUUUCUACUAUCCUAAAUAUACAAUCAGCAAGUGGUCGAAAUAAAGCUUUUUCUACCUGCACCUCCCACAUAACUUGUGUUAUUAUAUUUUAUGGAACAAUGAUCAGUUUGUAUAUGAGACCAGCAUCUACGUAUUCUCCACAACAGGACAAGUUUUUUGCCCUUUUAUAUAUUAUACUUAUUCCAAUGAUGAAUCCUCUUCUUUACACCCUGAAGAAUAAGGACUUUAAAAAUAUUUUUAAACAAUUAAUAAAAGGUCAUUUUGUUCUGAGUUAUACAUUAAAGUAGUCAUGCAAUCCAUAAUUGCAAUAAUAAUGUACAGUACAACCCCAGAACUAAGAUUCAGGAAUUUAUUAAAGACAUUAUUAUUGAAUUUUCAGGCGUCAACUUUUGUACACAGUUGUAACACAUGAUUUAAAAUAUUGAAUGAAUAAUACAUGAACAUACAGGAGAAAUGUAAUGUCUUUAGUUUUGAAAGAUUGCCUGUUAUGUAAACAAGUAAACUUGUUUUUAUCUUUAUGCUAUUGUCAUUUUAUGAGAUGUCAAGCAGACCACAGUCUAUAAAAACCUUUAUAUGUUUUGCAGUAUAAGGCAUCAAUGUUGAUUUUAAAAGAUUUUUAAUUGUUCUGCUUUUGAAAUGUCUUAAUUUUCCAGGAUUAUGUCUGUACAUAGGAAUUCUUAUUUAAUUUUUGAACAUCUAUUUUGUUGCAUCUGGAGUUUUAUUUUUGUCAUUAAUUUUUUCGCAAAUCUGGUGGGGUUUUUUUUUUAAUAGUUUUGUCAUGGUAUUAUGAAUUCCCAUUUUACUUUUUUGGGGGCUGAAGAAAGAAGAUUUACAAGAAAGAAGAUGGAUAGUAAAUAUAUUUUUUAUAUUAUAUAUAUAUAUUCAGUUUAUUGACCCACCUAAUUUUUAGGAUGAGCGG